ACCUCCUGCGCAUGCUCAGUCGGCGCUGCAGCGUUGGAACUUGGCAGCGGCGGCUGAGGGAGGAUGAGGAUGGCGUCGCCGGGGUCUCCUCCGAGUUCCUGAGGUGGCCCUCAUGGGGCUGGGCUCCAGCUCCGAAGUCCCCGACGGGGGCUCCGAGGGAUAUCACGUGCACGGGGUUCAGGAAAACUCCCCUGCUCAGCAGGCUGGACUGGAGCCGUUCUUUGAUUUCAUCCUCACAAUAGGACACACCAGACUGAACAAAGAAGGGGACAUCUUAAAAGAUCUGCUGAAAGCCAAUGUUGAGAAGGCUGUGAAACUGGAGGUGUACAACAUUAAAACGAUGAAAGUGCGUGAAGUGGAGGUGGUCCCCAGCAACAUGUGGGGAGGGCAGGGGCUCCUGGGAGCCAGCGUGAGGUUCUGUAGCUUCCAAAGAGCCAAUGAGCAUGUGUGGCAUGUGCUGGAUGUGGAACCGGCUUCCCCAGCAGCGCUGGCUGGCCUAAAGCCGCACACUGAUUAUAUUGUUGGAUCGGAUCAGAUACUGCAGGAGUCCGAAGAUUUUUUCUCAUUGAUUGAAACCCAUGAGGGGAAGCCGUUGAAACUGAUGGUCUAUAACACAGAAGCUGAUUCCUGUCGAGAGGUUUUUGUAACCCCCAAUGGAGCCUGGGGUGGAGAAGGAAGUUUAGGGUGCGGCAUUGGAUAUGGCUAUUUGCACAGAAUUCCAACACAGCCUUCUAUACCAAAGAAAAAGGCAGAAGCUGGUCCUCCUUCUCCUUUGCCCUUGGGAGACACACCUCCUGAACCACCAACCAAUGGCUAUACAGAGGCUCCUCUGUUAGCACCAAACUCCCAAAGCGAAGAACCUGCAAGCUUAGAGUACAGCACAGAUCAAAGUGUAAAUAUGUAUUCAGUAGAAAAUUCUCUUCAGCCUCCUCCUCCUGUGCAGAGAGUCAUGGAUCCAGGUUUUAUAGAUAUGUCUGGAGCUUCUUUUCCUGAAUUAAUUGACUUAGUGAAAACAGUCAAGGUGCCUUCCUCUGCUUCUUUCAACUUGCCAGACACUGUUGCAGCAACUGAUAGCUUGGUAUCUAACAACGGAAUUCAUUCACACUUUGACCAGGCCUCUAUUCCAGUUUCAGAAGAUUCAUUAUCUUAUGCAGAGGGCUCAAGUCCUCAGCCAGAGGUGGAUGCAGCGCCUUCAGUUUCUGUUUUGCCAUCCCUUCCUGUGGAUAUCUCUGUAAAUGCAACAUCUAAAGCUGAUGGUGGUGCUCAAGAAACACUUCUGCUUUUAGAUGGGACUGAGAGCCCGCAAAUGACCAAAGCUUUACAACCUGACAGUGAAGAUGAAAAGGCCAAGGAAUUGACAGAAGAAACUGCACAGAUCUAGUGCUAAAAGUGACAGCACUUGCUAUCAGCUGUAAGGACAUUGGUGCCAGACAAUAAGGCUUUUGAUACCCAGUGACAUCCAUUGUGUUGCUAUAUUACAGUAAUACUGCAAGAAUUCAAGCUGUUUCCAGUGAUCUUGAGCCAGCCUUUCAUUGUCUGAUAGGUUUCAACAUCUGCAACUACUGCUCAGCAAUAACACUGAUAAUUUGACUUGGAAUAAGUUCUUUAAAAAUGCUGUUUUGUGUGAAGAGUUUGCUGUCUGCCCAAAAGCUAAUAGCAAGACUUUUAGUUUUUGUUUUUUUAAAAAUGCACCUAGCAAGCACACAGUGGCUUGAUUUUAGCAGAACCUUUUAGCCCUCUUUCUAGGUUCAAUUUUAAUUGUGACAACUGUUCACCUUGAUUUUAUAUGUCAAAAAAAUUAAUGUUUAAAAUUCCCAAAUGACUCUUUACAAUUUGACUCUCUUUGGGCACCCAUGUAGAAGAGGCUAAUGUGUUUUCAACUUCCAAGGCUGCAAUCCAGGUUACAGUGCUUCCUUGCAGAAGAGCUGCUACAGUACUCUUAACUCCAUCCCUGGCACAUGCAGGUGGGAUGGCAUAGCACCCACAAUCCUCCUCCUCUAGUCAAUGCCACAUUAAAGUUAUAUCUGGGAGACAGGGAGGUGCAUGCAGACCUCUUGAAUAUACACAUGCCAAAGAGGUAGGAAAUGAACCCAAACAGCUACUUCAUUCUCCUGUUGGAUACCUUACUUGUUAGAAAUCUCUCUUGAAAGAAUAGUUUCAAGGUGAACGUAAGCAACUUAUAGUUUUAUACUUGGGGUUAGAUGUGGCUGAAAUAUUUCUUCUGAGCCUCUGCAAAUUAAAGGUGACGAUUCUAAACAUGCAUGCAUGGUAAAAUAAUUGAAUUUCAAUUUUUCUUUUCAAAUUGUGUUCUAAUGACAGGUAUGUGUUGACUUGAGCAAAGAAGCUAAUAUCAUGUAGGAUUGUACCCGAUGGCAAGACUGUUGUUUUUAGGGAGGCUGAUUCCUCUCCUGAGCUCUGAACACGGCUUUAUUCAACAUGAAUAACAGAUGUUCUAUAUCACACUAGCUGUGUUGAAUGGUAUAUUUCAAAAUGGUUUUUGAUUCUCUGCUUCUGUUUGUUGAAGAUUAAAAAUAAACCAUUUUUGGAAAAUA